GAGAAAUGUUUUCGACACAUAAUUUUGCGACAUCAUGUUGAACGCUCGAUUUCCGGAAGUAAACAUUGCAUAGAAUAUUGUUUUUGUUUAGAAACAAGCUGUACUUUUAUUGAGACAAGUGACAAAGGAUGGCUGGUAACUGGAAUAACAGUCCAGCUUUAGAUGAUGAAGGAUUUGUAGAAACUGAAAAUGCUGAUGAUGAAGCAAUGGAAGUAUCCAAUCAACAGGCUGAUUCUGAAGUUGAUGAAGUAUUAAAUGGACCACAAGCUACAGUAUUUUAUGUUCCUGAUACUCAACCUAACAUGACAUCAUCUGAUAUCUCCGGUAAAGAUUACAGUAAAUCAGAAGUAGAAGACCUCAUGAAGUCAGAACCAUAUCAGAAAAAAAUAGCUACAUGUCAUCUAUGUCAUGUUUGUUGGUUUGAUGGUAAUUUUACCAAAGAUUGUCAUGAAUGUGGUGGAUAUCCAUUAACACGUCCCUGUCCCAUAUGUUUAGGUCGAUGUGAUGAAGUUUGGCACAGAAAUAUAAAAAUGUCUCAUGCUUUUCAUGAAGCUCAAUGGGAUGGUGUUUGUACGUUACCACAAGAUGAGCAACGUGAUUAUUUUCUCAAAAAUCAUACAGAAGCUUCGGAAGAUACCUUAACUGAAAGUUUGCAAGAUCUUCACACAAGUUAGCCACCCAUUGCUUCCACUUUGUUAUUGAUCAAGAAAUUAUUUAUUUCUAAAGCUAUUGUUGUUAUUUUCUCAGAUUUGCAUUUAAAUGUACCAACUACUAACUUUAUUGUUAUUUUCUUUAUCGGGCUUGGACAUCAACAGUCUCAUUUUUGCCCAUAGAUCUGACUGAGUAAGAUUAUAAAUAAUUCUCCUAGUCAGAUAAAUUUAUGCUAAUUGUCCAUAUUUCAGGUUUCAAUAUUUCCUACGGGCAUUCUUUUUUCUCUUCUACAGAAAUAUUGACUUAUUUAUCAUCAUUAAAAGAAAUAUUGACUUAACUUAUAAUCAUUAAACAUUUUUGUGUUUUUGUACAUAAAUUCUUUUGUAAUUAAAACUUAAAUUCUGUUGUAAUUAAAACUUAAAUUCGGUUGUAAUUAAAAGAUAAAUUCUUUUGUAAGUUCGGUUGUAAUUAAACUUUUAAAGAUGUACUAUCAUGAUUUGUAUCUAUAUACAGCUAAUUAGUAUAUAAUAUUAAAUACAGAUUGUUCACAAAAUUUGUGACAAAAAUCUAGCAGUGUACAUGUUUUUUCAAAUUAUUUUCAAGGACUUCAUUGAAAGCCUUCUUCAAGGAAUGUUUUUUUUUAAAGUUUAUACAUUGGUUAUUUUGAGUAUUACAUUUAUUUUCUUUGUGAAAAUGGAAACUCCUCUUAAAUCACAUAGUUAAGAAGUGAUUCUAAGGAGAUGAAUUAAUAUAAACCUUUGGCUUGUUUUUAGAUCCUUACAUUUUUGACAAUGUAUGUAUUCAACAUGAAUCUUAUCUGAAUAAAAUAUUGUUUAAAUCUAGUGAUUUAAGAUAUUAAGUCAACUUUCUGGGAAUAUUCUUUAGCCCUAAUAUUCCUAUAUAGCUUUGUGUAUUAAUAAUUAUUAUUAUUGUUCGAUUUAUAUAGCGCUUCAUUACACGUGAAGUGUUUCUAAGCGCAUUUCACAAACAUAUACUUCAAACACACAGAAACAAUCAAAAUCAUCUGAUACUUUUAAUAUAUGUACAAGUACAGGUAUGGAUUUAAUUAGAAUAAGUUGCUUAUGUUCAUUAUUAGCAGAUCAUCCAACCAUUUUGCUGAAUUAAAAGGUGAUUUCUGACUUUUAUUAAAUAGAUAUUUAGGUUUAAUAUUUGUCAUUAAUUGUAACCAAUUUAAUUACCAAUUAAUUAAUGUGUUACAUAUUUUUAUGGAAGUAAGUCUAUCUGCUAAUUUGCAAUAGGUCACAGUCCUACCCAUAAUGCUACUUUGAUUUAUUGCAUGAAAAUAUAACAUGAGUUAAAUUGAUGUUUUCAAAUAUACAUACAUGUUAUAGAAAUGUAUUUUUGGUUUAUUGCUUGUGCAUGGAUAAUAUAUUUUUCAUAUUGUUCUGUUUUUGGAUAUGUAUUGUUUUUUUCUAUACAUAAAAAUAAUGUAAAUAUAAUUAAAUAAAUAUGUUGUAGUUAGUCAAAGAAUGAAUUUGAUUGAUGUAUACCGGUAUGCUAUUAUAUAAUUGAAUUUAUUUUGUAUGAAUAUGAACAAAAAUAGACCAAAAUGUAUUGCUUAUUUUUAUUAUUAUUCUUAUACACAUUCCAUUCUCAAGUAUAGUAUUUUUGAUGCCUUUUUUUCAAUUGUGUAAGUUGUAUAUUUAUGUGCAAAUAGUAUUGUUUUGUUUAUUGUUAAGACGAUUGCACAUCUUCAGAUUUGUUUUUGAACUUCAAAAGCUGUUUGUGAUUGUUAACGUUUUUGUUUAUAUCACAGUAAAUCUGUGGAUAAAUUGUGUAUUUCUCACUAUGUUUAGAUGUUUAUUUUCUAGGUAUAUGUCAUUAAUUAGCUUAGAAAGCAACAUUUUCUAUCAAAACUAUUAACAUUAGAUGACAAAAUCUGUCUUGCCAAGUUGCCAUAAAUGUUGACAUUUACAUAGUGAUGUAGUAAUAUUUGACAUAUUAUAUGUUAAUAUCCUUGAAUGACAUUUGGAAGUAUAAAGAUACCUGUAAGAGUACUGAAACAUUGCAUGAAAAGUAAAUCUAUAUGUUUGUUUGAAUUCCUGAAUUAGUGAGUGCAACAACAUUUGCAGACAUUAUUAAGACGCACAGACCUAUCUAUAGCUCAGCAUAAAAUAGUUAUUUAUCAUCUUAGAAGGUCAAUGGUAUAUACAUUAUCUUUGCAGUAUUUGGUACGGAUUGUGCACAAUACUGAAGGUAGCCAAUCUGAUUAAAAUACAGAUCUGUAUUUUGUUUUGUUUUUUUAUACUUUUGAUGGCUUACACUACAUGAAGAUCUGACCAGUUGUAGUGGAAGGUCGUGUCAGAGGUCAUAUGAGCGGCUUUUGACCCUAUGAUGUCAGACAUUUGAUUAACCAAUUAGCAUUGAUGUUUCUAGUGGGUUACCCACAGUUCUGUGCACCUCAAGCCAAAAACUCGCAGUAACAGAUCGUUUCAUUGGCUAAUCCCUCACGUCAUCCAGAAUGAGGGUUAUAUAACAACUCUUCCAGAUUCUAGUGUAGUAAAGACAAGUAAAACGAUACGAAAUAGGAUUUGUGUUUUAAUCAGAUUGGAAGGUAUCAUAUAAACGGGUUUGUCAUUUUAUAUAAUAAAUUAAUACCUACUAUGUGUCUAAAAGCUUAAAAAGCAUUCUUUUCACACAAUAAAAACUUAUCAUCAAUAAA